GCGCGUUUAGACAACUGCCGAGCAUGGAGUCCGCCGUGGACUCAGCGUCGACCGCGAGUGAGGUGAGCGGCUCCUCAGGGGGCUCGCCGAGGGUGAAGGCCGCGUCGCCGGCGCGGGCCGUGAGCCCGCCGCAGCUGCUGCAGCACCGAAUGCCGCUGCCGCCGCCCGGUCUGGGGCUGCUCGGCUCGCUGCAGAUGAUGCACCACUCCCCGCUGGAGCUGAUGGCGGCGGCGCACCACCACGGCCCGCCGCGCUACGGCAGCCCGCCGCCCAUCUCCACCUCCGACCCGUCCGCGAACGAAUGCAAGCUGGUCGACUACCGCGGCCAGAAGGUCGCCGCGUUCAUCAUCCAGGGCGACACCAUGCUGUGCCUGCCGCAAGCGUUCGAACUGUUCUUAAAACAUUUAGUGGGCGGUUUGCACACAGUGUACACGAAGCUGAAGAGACUGGACAUAGUGCCCCUGGUGUGCAAUGUGGAACAGGUGCGCAUCCUGCGAGGCCUGGGUGCCAUCCAGCCGGGCGUCAACCGCUGCAAGCUGCUCUCCUGCAAGGACUUCGACGUCUUGUACCGGGACUGCACCACCGCAAGCUCCAGACCGGGUCGACCACCGAAGCGAGCCUCCGGAGUCGGUCUCUCGCUAGCCGCCUCACCGUUCCCGGGACAUCCCUUUAAGAAACACCGCCUAGAAAAUGGAGACUAUUCACCCUACGAAAACGGACACAUGAGUGAAAUGGCUCGAAUGGAGAAGUCUCCGCUGCUAGCCAAUGGGUACAACGCGCCUCCGACGCACCUUGGGCCGAUGGGCUUCAUGCACCAGCACGCGCUCAUGUCACCAGGCAUGCCCCACCACGGCGUGCCGCGACCCGAUGGCUCCAUCAUCAAGGGGCAACCGAUGCACAAUAUGGAAGCGCUGGCGAGAUCUGGUAUAUGGGAGAAUUGUAGAGCUGCCUACGAAGACAUUGUUAAACACCUGGAAAGGUUGCGCGAUGAACGGGGCGACAUCGAACGUGUUAUAGCUAUGGACAAAGCGCGUGAGGAUUCACACAAUGGCUCUUCCCCCGGGCACAGUCCCGUGCUCAACCUGUCCAAGUCGGGCUCGAACGAGCGCGAGCGUGGGGAGCGCGAGCGGGGCGAGCGCUCGCACACCGACGACAGCGACGCCGCGCUCUCCGACCAGGACGACCAUGUUAAGGAUGAGGAUGAAGGCGGCGAGCUGAGCGACGGCGAGCGCGAGGCGGCGAGCCCGGCGGCGGGCGCGCGCUACGCGGCGGCGUGUGCGGGGGGCGCGGCGGGCGCGGGGGGCUCGCCCGGCGCCGCGCCCGACGCCAGCGCCGACACGCUCGUCUCCUCCACCGAGACGCUGCUGCGCAACAUACAGGGCCUGCUCAAGGUGGCCGCCGACAACGCGCGCCAGCAGGAGCGACAGAUCAGCUACGAGAAAGCUGAAUUGAAGAUGGAUGUGCUUAGAGAGCGGGAGGUCAAAGACAACCUGGAGAGACAACUCCUUGACGAGCAGAAAAUGAGAGUUAUGUACCAAAAACGGCUGAAAAAAGAAAGAAAACAACGGCAGCAAAUUCAAGAGCAAUUGGAACUGGAAUUGAAAAGACGGCAAAAGAUUGAAGAAGCGCUAAAACAGUCGGGGGCUCCCAGUGAAAUCCUUAGAAUAGUAACUGAGAACCUAACAGCGCCGCAAGAGAGCCGGGAGAACGGUUCGGAGUGCAAAGCGUCGAGCGGCGCGGAGACGAACGCGGGAGCGGGAGCGGGCGCGGGAGCGGGCGCGGGCGCGAACGCGUCGCCGCCCGCGCGCCGCUCGCCCGACAAGCCCGCCUGGGCCUACCCGCCGCCGCCCGUCGACAUCAUGCCCGCCGGUGCCGCCUUCUGGCAGAACUACUCCGAGUCGCUCGCGCAGGAGCUGGAGAUGGAGCGCAAGUCGCGGCAGGCGGCGAUGGAGCGCGACGUGAAGAGCCCGCUGUCGGAGCGCGCCGCGUACUACAAGAACUCCGUGCUGUUCAGCUCCGCCACCUAGCCGGCCGGCGAGCCCGCGCCGCACGUGCGCCCCGACCCGCCCGCGCCCUACGAGCCGCACCCGCCGCACGUGCCGCACGAGCCGCACGUGCAGCACCCGCCGCACGAGCCGCACCAGCAGCACGCGCCGCACGUGCCGCCCGAGGAGCGCAAGCCGGUCAUCAGCGUGAAGGCCGAGUUCCGUGAGAAGUGACGCCGGCGCGAGCCCCCUUGUAUAUAAACGUUGAAGUAGGUGUUCCGUAACACGAACGCGCGAUAACUUUUCUUCCAUAGUGAAAUUUGUAAAUAUCUCUUUAUAUCGUAGGCGUAAGGUUUUAUCGCGUUCACGUAAUUUAUUCAUGGACAUUUAAUCUUUUUAAAAUGUACCUAAAUCCUAUCGUUAAAUGCCAUAUUUACGUAAUAAGCGUUAUUUACUUUAUCGAAACGGCGCCCGGAAGACCGUGGUCGAGUGGACGGCGGUCUCCGGGACCGUAGAGCGACGCUUGGAAUUGAUGGAAGACUGCUAUAUAAAAUCUUUUCCACGCCCCGCGACCGUUCGCCCUGGACGUUGCUGUCGAACGACCGACCCUUCGGUCUCUGCCUGUAUAAAAUUAAUAUAAAUUCAAUGAGAACAUGUGAUCUUCAAUGUGUAAUUUAUUCAAAUUUAGUGCAAUGAUUAGAUGUAACUGACCCUAGGAUACGUUAAAGCAUAGAGAUGUACGAUAGUUACGUUAAGUUAGCGACACGGCGCCCGUCAGCUUGUGCGCGACAUCCAUAUCUGCAGUACAUUACGUGGAUAGCUAUUUAAGUAUUGUAGGUUAUAGAUAAAAUAAACAAUAGUGUUAUUUAUAUCGACAUAGAUUACGAGACGAUUUAAAAUGUUAAAAUGAAUGCAAAUAGACGGUCUCGAGCGUAUCGGCGCUCGGCUAUCGCGGACGUUCUGUAUAAAUAUAUGAACGUUCGCAAACAGAGGUCUAUAUGGAAUAGUCGAGCGUCGACGGCGAGAGCUUCGACUUUCAUACAUUUAUCUGUAAUGGGUAACGAGAAGUAAUGGAUAAACUAGUUGUUAUAAUAAAUGUUUAGCGAACGAGUGUGCUUGUGUACAGCGGGUGAAUGUGGUUCCAGUAUGGUUACUUUCGUUUUACGAUAGAUACUUAAUAUUCAGUAAUUAAACAUUGUUUUGGCAGACACAACUCGCGGUUAGCGAAGCGUUUUCUUUGUCAAUUAGACGUGGAGGCUUGAAUGUAAACCCUUGGUUGUCAUGUAUGUUAAAUCAAGCAUUAUUAUUUAUUAUUUCUAUUAUAAUUAUUCAUAAUUUACUUAAAAUUGUGUGUGUGCCUUGUAUCGUAGAGGAAAAUAUCAAGAUUAAAAGGGAAAACUAUCA